AUGGGCUCCUGCCUCCUUUGCUCGGUUUUGCAGCUGCUUGUCUCUGCCCAUUUUAAAAAUGUUUCUUGCUUGAAAUCCUUUCAAGAAUCUUGUGGAGGUUUUCAUCAUGUGAAGGACAUUAAAAGCACAGCACCCGAGUCGGGUCUCUCCGCGGCGCCGGCGCCCCUUCCUGUCGCGGGCCGGGUCGCGGGUGUGCAGGGCGCCGGUGGGCCGCGGGCGGGGUCCCGGGCACGUCGCAGCAGCACGGAGGUGCAGGGCGUCGCCGAGGGCCCGGGGGCCGCCAGUGGCGCGCCCCUCCCCGGGACCCCGGGCCCGGGCCCGCCGCUCGCCCUGCUGGUGAUGCGCCCCUGCGAGGCCGCGGCGGGGGGCGAGGACGAGGCGGGCGACGACGAAGCGGAGCCGCUGGACAGCUCGGACCCGCCGGGCGGCGAGGGCGCGGCGAGCCCCGAGGAGCUGGAGGACGAGGAGGCCGCGUCGGGGGGCGAGGGCGGCGCGGCCGGGCGGCGGGGCGGGGGCGCGGGCGCGAGCAAGACCUGCACGUACCAGGGCUGCCGCGAGACCACCAGCCAGGUGGCCAAGCAGCGCAAGCCGUGGAUGUGCAAGAAGCACCGCAACAAGAUGUACAAGGACAAGUACAAGAAGAAGAAGAGCGACCAGGCCCUGAGCGGCGGCGCGGCGGGCGGCGGGGGCGGCGUCAAGCUGGAGGAGAGCGCAGAUAGCAUCCUCGCCAUCGUUAAACAGAGAGCAGGAUCUUUUGGCGAUCGUCCUGCGAGACCGACUCUUUUAGAACAAGUGUUAAAUCAAAAAAGACUGUCCUUACUAAGAAGUCCUGAAGUAGUGCAGUUUUUACAGAAACAGCAACAACUAUUAAACCAGCAAGUUUUGGAACAAAGACAGCAGCAGUUUCCAGGAGCACCAGUUUGAGGGAGCUUAUUGCGAACAUCUCCGUGUUUUUUAUCUUAUUGUAAUAGAUGGACAUAUUUUUAUACUAAAGAUAAAUGGGGUAAGAUAUGCCAGUAGAAUGUAAACAGCCAUUUUCCUGUGAAUGUAUAUGCAUUGGGAAUAAGUAACUAUUGCACUUUGUGCGUCAGCCUUUUCAGUUGCCAUGAGUUUAUCUUUCCAAAAUAGCAUUUAAUUAACAAUGGUUUUUUAACAUUUUCACAUUUAACGAAGUGUUUCUCUUCGGUCAUUGUUGCCGAAGGUAGUGAAGCAGUCACUUUCUGUGGAAGUCAUGAUGUUACCCUGAAAUCAUCUGGCCCAGGAGUUCCCAUCAUGGGGCAGUUGGAAAUGUGUGGGUGUGUGUUUUGGUUGUCAUACUGACCUUGAAGCUGCUAAAUUUUGUGGGUGUGCCAGGGAUGAUGUUCUGCAGUGUCAGGGAUAGUCCCACCCAGCCAAGGAUUAUCCCUGUCACAGACCAGCAGCACCCUCCUGAGAAACACUGGGAGCUGCUGGUCAGGACACCACAUGGCUGGGGCACCUCGAACAAGGGUCUAGUAACUUCUCCUUUGCAGUUAAGACUGCAGCUGUCAAGAGGUAAGCGUAUUUUAUAUCUGCAAGGAAGGCGAUCAUUGUUGAGUAUCUGAAACUAGGAUGUGCGUCUCCUUGCGGAGAUGUGCUGGUAAAACCUAAGGAGGAUUAGCUCAGCACCCUGGAGUGCAUGUGUCACCUACAGCUGACUUCUCUACUGCGUUACCCAUCCUUUUUUUAUCUCUAUUAAAGCAGGCACUCUUUUAUGUUGAAUUUGUGAACAGUAUGGCUGUGUCUCAGUUAUCCCACCAGUGCCAGGACAGAAUUGUUUUUCUAACAUACAUUUCAAACAGAGAUCCUGAAAAUAAGAGUAACACUCCAGCAGUUUGUCAGUGUUUUUUGAAAUUGAGCUAUUUUAAGACUGUUAUUCCUAGUAAGGUUCAAAGAAUGAUGGAUAAUCUGGAUAGAAGAUGCUGUUUUCAUGUAUUUUCUCCUAGGAAAACCUUAAAAGGCAAAUCUACCAAUAAGAGUAAUAAAUAAAUGUUAAGGGAGUAUUUUCAAUAUUAGGAUAAUAAAUGUAUGUGUCUUGAGUUUUAACUGUGCAGAUAUUUAAAGAUUUGUUUCUUAUAGAUGGUUCUUAAGCUCUGAAAUAUAUACCAAGUUAAACUUAGGCAUUGCUGUUCUAAAAGUACUUGUGGAAAGAAUGUUCUUGUUCAUCUUUUAUGUGUGUUUUGCAUGUUUGUGCAAAAACACUUAACCAAAUGAAUCAUUAAAGUCCAUUUGUUGACCUUU